AUGAGUCGAGCCGCCCACUUUGACGAGCAAGAGGACAUGAACGUGUUCGGCCCCGACGACGAGAUGGACGCCGAGCUGACGAUGGCCCAGCGGGAGGUGAUGAUGGUCGAGCUGGCGAAGCUGGAGGAGGAGAUUGCCGCCCUCAAACAGGCCCUCACAACACGCCGCGAUCAGGCCACCGAGCUGAGGAGGAAACUCGGCAUUGCUGGUCCCAUCGAGGUCAUCUCGCACGAAGCCAACAGAAAAUUGCAGGCCGUUUUGGAGACCCCCGUGGUUCAGAAAACGACAGCCGCUGCAAGUGCGGGUGCCGAGACGGUGCGCAGCCAUUGGCUUGAUCUGAAGGGCACCGCAGCGUUCAAGGCAAUGGAAACGUCCGUCGGAUCGGCCCUCAACACUGCUGCAUCCGCCGCCAAAUCGGGCUACAGCCAUCUCGCCGGCUACAACACCAUCCCGGGAAGCCCU